AUGAAUCUGAAUCCGGUUUAUCACCAGGUGACACAUCCUGCAGUGAAGAGGAGGCCAUCACCACCAGAGGACCAAAAUGUGAUAUCCCUCCGCGGCACAGCGCCCCCUAGAGGCCUGCAGGAGGACCAUGAAGUGAUAUCCCUCCGUGGCACAGCGCCCCCUAGAGGCCUGCAGGAGGACCAAAAUGUGAUAUCCCUCCGCGGCACAGCGCCCCCUAGAGGCCUGCAGGAGGACCAAAAUGUGAUAUCCCUCCACGGCACAGCGCCCCCUAGAGGCCUGCAGGAGGACCAUGAAGUGAUAUCCCUCCGCGCGCCCCCUAGAGGCCUGGUUCAGACCGACAGCCCUAACUUCCUGUGCAGCAGCGUGCCUCAGCACUGGAGGAGCAACAAGAGCCUGCCCAGGGUCUUCAGCGUGGUUGCCCUGGGAAACGACGUUCCUGACGGUGUUGUUGUCGUGGUGAUGGCCGGGAAUGAUGACAACAGCAGGGCGGAGCUACGUAACGCCACGGCAACCAUGAAGCAGGGACACGCCUACUUCACUGACCUGCGCUUCAUAGGGCGCAGCGGCAGAGGUAAGACCUUCACCCUCUCCAUCAACGUGAUGACCUCUCCUCCUCAGGUCGCCACCGUACACAAAGCCAUCAAAGUAACUGUGGACGGACAGCGGCUGCCGAGACGACAGAGGCAAAAGGAGGUGAAAUCAGGAGUGUUCAGGGCCGCCUGCAGCAGCACUGCAUCAACAGAUUGUAGAUCCUUUCCCUCCUCUCUGUGGACCAAUGAGGCGUCGUUCCUGGGUCAGAUGUCUUCGCCCAGAAUGCACCACCUCUCCUACUCCACCCAGCCCCCCCCUUACAGCUACCUGUCCCCCCCCCUUCUGAGCCACAGUGGUCCCUUCCAACCCAGCAGCUUCUACUACGGACCGAACCAAAUGAUCCAAAGCACGGGGGACGACCGAAAUGUUGUCUCGGCUCUGUCCAAUUACAUCGAAGGGGCGUGUCUUUCUUUGCGGGGGGAGGAGCCUGUCUGGAGGCCAUAUUAAUUAAUAUUUUAUUCAAUAUGCUCCUUAGAUAACUUUUUAUUUUAUUGUAAUUUCUACUCAUAGCAGUGUGAAGCACCUUGAGAUGACGUUGUUUUUAA